UCAAGUGGAAUAACAUGAAAAUGCUGACCGUGUUUUAUUUACUGCUGAUCCUCACAGUGGGGCGAUGCUCAGAUGAUCUGAACUUUGACAUGAAGACUGUUGGUGUUGGAGAUGAUGUGAAUUUGACGUGUGCACGCCAGAAAUCGUCAGGGCUCAAAGCAACUUUGUUUUGGGUCAGGCUAGUUUCUGGAAACUUUCCUGAAUUGUUGGGAGGAACAUUUGUCUUUGAUUAUGAAGGCGUUAACAAGCCACCUCGCAUGACAACAAAACAAGAACCUGGAACAUUUCUUCUGCAAAUUCAUGAGACAAAGCUCAGCGAUACUGGACUUUACUACUGUAUGAAAAUAAACCGACUAGAAAUGACAUUUUUGAAUGCAACAUUUCUGAGGAUUAAAGGACCAGAACCUGAUAUCAAGGCCGUCAUUCAAGUCCCUCCAUCUGAUCUAGUCCGUCCAGGAGACUCAGUGACUCUGCAGUGUUCAGUCCUCUCUGACUCUGAGAAUAAAACCUGUCCAAGAGAACACAGUGUGUACUGGUUCAGAGCCGGAUCAGAUGAGUCAUAUCCCAGUUUAAUUUACGCUCAUGGAAACAGUGGUGAUGAAUGUGAGAGGAGUCCUCAGACUCACUCUCCACAGAAAUGUGUCUACAGCUUCUCUAAGAAGGUCAGCUCCUCUGAUGCUGGGACUUAUUACUGUGCUGUGGCCACAUGUGGGGAGAUAUUAUUUGGAAAUGGAACAAAACUGGAGAUUGAAGCCUUCAGCAGGCAGGUUUUGCAGAAUAUGGUCCUGUUUCUGUUGUGUGCUUUGGUUCUGAGUCUGAUCAUCAUUGCCCUCCUGAUUUAUAUCAUCAGGAAAAAAUCUGGUGUUUUUUGCAACUGUAAGUUUCUUAAACAUCAAUUGAUUUUACUGAAGCUAAUUUCACAAGAUUUGCAUCAUUACUUCUCAAAGAACAUCAGCUUCUUGGAUGCUGGGACUUAUUGCUGUGCUGUGGCCACACGUAAGGAGAUAUUUUGUGGAGACAAAUCAAAACCCAACACUGAAGGAUUACAACAUGUUCACUCACUGAGGUUUCUCAGAGUGAAGAUGAUCGUGUUCUGUGUUACACUGCUCCUCCUUCAUCAAGGAUAUACACUGGUUCCAGUGACCACAGUUAAACUCGGUGAACCUGUGACCUUCACAUGUUUUUGGUCUUAUGAUGAUUUCAACAGAAGGCAACUUCACUGGUACAAGCAGAGUGCUGGGGAAAAUCUCAAAUUAAUUGUAUCACUUAUAAAAAAUGUAAGCCCUGCGUACGGACCAGACUUUUCUGACUCAAGCUUUGAAGUAAAAGAUAAUAAGAACAUGAGCAGUCUGACCAUUUUGAAGACAAAACAAGAAGAUGAGGGAAUGUAUCACUGUGCAUUCUUGGACUGGAUCAAGAUUACUUGGAGUGCAACCUAUUUGUCAUUAAGAGGAAACUCUCAGAGGACAUCAAACUACACUGUUGUUCAGUGGCCGACAGUAUCUGAUCCAGUCCGUCCAGGAGACUCAGUGACUCUGCAGUGUUCGGUCCUCUCCGACUCUCAGAACAAGACGUGUUCAGAAGAUCACAGUGUGUUCUGGUUCAGAGCCGGAUCAGAUAAAUCUCAUCCAGACGUCAUCUACGCUGAUGGAAACAGACAUGAUGAAUGUGACAAGAGUCAGAAACGCUGUGUUUAUCACUUCUCUAAGAACGUCAGCUCCUCUGAUGAUGGGACUUACUACUGUGCUGUGGCCACAUGUGGGGAGAUAUUAUUUGGAAAUGGAUCAAAACUGGACUUUCAAGGAACCAGUAUGUGCUCACAGACAGACCAUGCAGUUAUUUUUCUGCUGUGCGCUGUCUUGGCUAUAUGUCUGAUUGUUAUAGUCUUCCUCAUUCAUGCCAUCAUGAAGAAAAAGAAGUGUGACUGUUACAACACUCCUGUUGCUGUGCAAAAACACAGUGGUGGUCAGAAAAGUCAUCAGAGAGACGAGGACCUGUGGGUUUAUUCUGCUGUCGUCUUCACCGUGAUGAAAACUGACAGAGGCGCAUUAAAGGAUGCAAAAGCAGCAGAGAGAGAGAGGAUCUAUGCUGCUGUCAAGACGUUUGGGUUGGAUUAGUGAGUUAACAGGUCUCUUUAUCAUCAGUUGGAGGCUAUCUCAGCUCACACUGUACUCACUGAACAGAUCUACAGUCUAGCAGGGACAACAACAAAGAAAACAUAUAACUGUACUCACCUUCACACCAAAGAGAAGAUUUUUCAAUUAACUUAACCUUAAUGCCAAUAUUACUUGUUGUUUUUUUUGUUUUGUUUUCUUUUAUGAUUGUUGUUGUUCUUUGACCACAGACACUUUUUGGGAUCAGAUAUGUAAUUCUAUCAAACUGUCAAUAAA